AUGUCAAAACGCAGAAUCGAGUCCCCUUCUUCGCCUCCCGAAACCAAGCGACCGAAAGUAUGCGACGAAACACAGAACGAUACGAUCUACCGGCCACUACCUCUGGGCGAUUUCAUACGCGUACUAAGACUACAACCCGGCGACAACGACCAUGACAUCAACUGCGGCCUCGAGAUUGUCGACAUAGAACAGUCUAAGGGCUCAUAUGAAGCGAUAUCAUAUGUUUGGGGCGACCCCAACGAUACUGUCGAAGUGCAGUGUGAUGGACUGCGAGUACCGAUCACCAUUAGCCUCGCGGAUGCGCUGCGAAACUUCCGACACACAUCUGAGCCUCGAGUACUAUGGGCGGAUGCCUUGUGCAUCAAUCAGAAAGAUGAUCAAGAGAAGGGACAUCAAGUGAAGAGAAUGGGUGAGGUGUAUGCCAACGCGAAACGUACACUUGUUUGGCUUGGUUGCGAUGAGCCAAACAUCGGUGCAGAUACAUUCGCUCUAAUUCUCGAGGCCAAUCAAUACUUUGCGACUUCGUUCUCACGAGCGAACCAAAAGACAAGAAAGAUGGUCAAGGGUCGUGAGCCUCUUCGAUUUACCUUGGUUUAG